GAUCAAUAAAUUGGAUAGCUUUAUAAGAUGUCAAAAUCUUGAUAGGUUAGAUGAAUAUGGAAGGAUAAUUAAAAAGCUUAAGAAAAUUCAUGAAGAAUUAAAUGAAUCACAUUUGAUUGAACUGAACAAUUAUUUAGAAGCAAGGAGUAAUCUUCCAGAUAUAUUUGAAGAUCUUGACAAUUAUGUGGAUUAUAUGUCUGACAUUUUCACACACAUUGGUUUUAUCAUCAGUGGAAUCAAAGAAAAGCUCAGUGGUGUCAACAAUAUAGUUUCAGAACAAGCACCAGCUCAGCCAGAAAUCAAAUCUCCCAUCAUAGAAGAAAUUCGUAACAGACAUAGUGGGAGAGUAUUUAUUGGGCAACCAACAUGUCAUAGUUUGGGAGACAUAUUAAAAUCUUUCAAAAAGCCCAUUGAUAUUAUCAAACAAUCUAUUCCUUCAGGGAAAGGUAAGAAAAAUGAAAUAAUCCCAGAGUCUCCUGCUGAAUCAAGCAGUCAAGCACAAAGAAGAGAAGAGGCUAGAGUCCAAAAGAAAAAACUAGGAAUAGUACCAAAAGAUAAUGAAGUGAAUGAAGAUGAAUUAUUGCUUCUAGAAAGUGUCCAAGAGAAAAUCAAGAGUGUUUUAAGAUUAGAGCAAUCAAAGAAAAAAAGAAUUCAAUUUUCAAUCUUAUUACAAGCAACUAUGGAGAGGACUGUCAUGGAAACAGAUGAAGAUGGUGUUUCAUAUAUGAGAAAUCAUGAAGAAGAUCACACAUUCAAAACUACAAUGGAUUACAUCUUUAAUGAAAGUAAUAUUAAUGAUGAACUUAUAUCUAAUUCUUAUGACCAAAUAUGUCAAAUGAUUAGUAAAUUUAUUUACUUUUUAUCAGGAUAUAAAUUUAAGAAAGGAAUAUAUAUUGAUGUUCAAGUAGUGCAAUAUAUUAUUGCCAGAGUAGGAAGCUAUAUAGAGACUCCUAAAAAUCUCACAAACACAAAGGGAACAAUAAAUCCCGAUAACAGUGAGACCAAGGAUAAUAACUGUCUACAAUGGGCUAUAUGUGCAUUUAAUGCAGAUAGACUCUCGGAAGCUAAAGAUAAAUGGUUAGCUGUAAAUGAGAGUUCAGUUCAAGCUACUAGUUAUCAGGAACAAAAACCAAGACAUGAGGAAUUAGAAAGGCCAUGA